AACAUACAAAACCAGAGACAGCUACAGGCUUGUGUUUACAGCAACUAGCAGGCUCUGCUACAUAGGUAAUAAAAUAUAAUGUGAUAAAGAACGAGUGAGUGACAAUACUACGUUAAUUAAUAAUUACAUGUAUUUUUUGUAUGUCUGUAUUUUCUACAUUGGUACAUGUGGUGUAACAUUUUCUGAUUUAUCUAUUACUGAUGUGUUGGGCUUUUCUGUAAACUUUGUACCAUGUAAGAUAUUUCUUAGUCCUUCUUAUAUAACUAUGUGCGAAUGACAGGUAUAUACUACAUUAAUACUAUGUAACUCUAGGUGUAUGUAUGGAUAAACAGUGGCAAAUACUUAUAAUGUAAAUGUAAGGGUGAUUCAAAAUGUGUGUGUGAUUGUUUUUAUUUUUUUUUAUUUUACUUAUUUAUUUUUGUAAUUGGUUAAUUGCACACCUUGCAGUGAGAGACAUAUUGCAAAGUCUCACUGAUACUGAUAGCAGGAGAGGUAUCAGUCUUAGCAAAGCACUAAAACAUAUGUGCUGUCUCAACUGCCCCUCUCCCAACAUUUCAAAUGGACAAAGAGGGACACGUUAAUUGUAGGGUGUGAUUGUGCGUGUGACAAGUGGCGGGAUUGUUCUGAGAAAUUUUAAGUGACUUAAUAACAAUUUAUGAAACUAAAAAGCAAUUUAGAAGAAGAACAAUGUGUCUUAUUUACACAGACUGAUUUCUAAACACAUUGUAGUUUAAAGACCCAAUACUGCGGAGCUCUGUUAUACACUCAGAUACAAUAAUAUGGAGCUGUUAGAAAAGAGGGACAUCAUGAUAGAAUAGAGCAGGGGUCCUCAAACUCCGGGCCCCCCAGAUGUUGCUGAACUACAACUCCCAUGAUUCUUUGAAUUACAUAGAUAGCCAGAGAAUCAUGGGAGUUGUAGUUCAGCAACAUCUGGGAGGAGUUUGAGGACCCCUGGAAUAGAGGGAAAGAGGGAUUUAGGGACUGUCCUUCCUAAGUAGGGACAAUUGGAAGCUAUGCCCUGUCCUGACAUAUCAGUAACAGAGAGGCAGAGAGUUGCUCUAAUUACUUAAGCAACUUUAACACAUUGAAAUAUUAGUGGUGGGGAAAGUACCCUUCAUCUCUGCAUUCAGAAAAUGGCUUAUGUUAUAACUGUGCUGUCUCCCAUAAUGCCUGUAUCAAUUAUGAACUAGAUGUUUGUGCUACAGACAACCAGAAUGAAAAGGUUUGGCAAAUCUUUUUUCCCAUGCAGGGAAGAGAGAGAGAGAGAGAUCUGGGGGCAUUUUAGGGUCUCAUCCUGUCAAAUCCACCCCAAUGAAAGCAACAUUUUUUAAAUAUAGAGAAUUCACAUUUUUAAAUUAGGAACCAAUAUUACCAAUUUCUGCUAAAAUGAAUUGUAGGAUAUUGUUUUUCAGCUACAAACCUACCUGUGAAUUACAUAAGGCAGAUAUGCGAUUCUGCUAUGAAAAUAAAAAAACAUUUAUGUUUAGCUUAAUCCUUCAUAUUUACAUUUUAUACUUAUGUUUAUCCUUGUGUUUAUGUUUUUCUCAGAUACAAGAUCAAAAUAGAUAUGAGACUAUUUCCACUUUAAUUCUUGCAAAAAUUGAAAUAUUGACUUGCCAGCACUGUGUCUUGUAUUAGGGUAUUUUAGCAAGCCAAAAAAGUUACUCCCUAUAAUUGGCAGUGGGUGACUCAUUCACUUUGCAUGUGCCAUAUUACUAUACAUUUAUUGUGUCAGUUUUAUGUCAGGUAAAUAUGGAACCAACUUUACUGUGCUCGUGUCUCUUUUAGGGUUGCUUAACACCACCAACACCACCAUUUUAUAGGAUGACCUUCUACCUGCCCAUCCCUCCCCCCAAAAAAGAGAAAUCUAUUUUUAAAGUAUAUGACAUGGAGUAUUUCAAUAUCUUUCAUACAUUCAUUUUACCACCAAAAUGUCUUUAUUUAAAAAAAGUAAAAAUAAAAUUAUUUAAUAUUUUUUACAUUUUUGCCGAUGUUUUUUUUUUGUUGAGAUAUGUUCCCUGUGUACAGAAAUACCCAUGCACAAGAGUUUCUUAUUUCUCUUGCUACUGGACUAAAUGUCAGACAAACCUGUUUUCAAACUGGAAAGGCUAAUAAAACCCACCUUUUAAAAUUUCCUUAUGUUAUUUAUUUAAAAAAAUACCUUAAGGUACUUCACAGGGAUAUGUUGACACUUUUCAAGUAGUUAUAUUAAUAAACAACAUAAAGUGUGUAAUUCGGGGGUGCACAAAAAGUAGAUCCCCCGAUGUUUUAAAACUACAGCUUCCAUGAUGCUUUGUCAUUCAAAAAGCAUUCUAAAGGCAUGCAAAGCAUCAUGGGAGUUGUAGCUCUACAACAUCUGGGAAUCUACCUUUUGGGUACCUCUGGUGAAAUGCAUUAACUGCUAAUCAAUGUUUAAAAUUACCUUAUGCAUAGCAACAUUGUUUUAAAAUUAAAAAUUGAAGCAUAUUGGUAGAACAAUAUAAUGCUGUAUUUACUCAUCUUGUCUUUUUUAGACACACAAGUACUCCAAACAUAGCUCAACUACAAUUUUGCCCAUCACAAGUUUUUCAUUUUAGGUACAAACAGCAAGUCUGACCUGGCCUUCUUUUAUUUCAUAUUAACCCCUUAAGGACACAUGACAUGUGUGACAUGUCAUGAUUCCCUUUUAUUACAGAUGUUUGGUCCUUAAGGGAUUAAAGGGACACUAUAGUCACCAAAACAACUUGAGACUGCAGGGACGAUCUUUACACCAAAACUGCUUCAUUAAGCUAAAGUUGUUUAGGUGACUAUAGUGUUCCUUUAAUUAUUUAUGCAAACUAUAAAAGGCUAGUAAAUCUAUUCAAGCACCUCAAACUAAUAUCCCAGUUUGUUUAUGCAAUGAAUACAAAUAAAUUCUCAAUUCAUAGUGAUACCAAGCAAUUUGGGUUCCAGGUUAAAAGGACACAGAGUUGUAAUCAAAAUUAUUCAACCCUUAUUGAAAAUUAGGUUUAUUGUCAAAAUUUACAGACUUGCAGCUGUUUCAGCUUUUUUGCAAUGAACAAGUCUAACAAAAGCAAUUGAAAUCAGGGACGUAUUAGCCGCGAGGCACACAAGGCAUUUGCCUUGGGCGGCAUUUUCCAGGGGGCGUCAAAAACGCCGCCCCCAAAUGCCCAGAGCAAAUGCCUUGUUAGCCUGGCGGCUAACAGUCCAGGCAGGCGGUUGUCUGGCAAAAAAUCCGGGCAGACGGCGCCAUAUUCCGGCUCCCGGCAUCACUCUGCGGCGCGCGAUGGAGCUAAGUAGAGAGCUCACUAAUCAGUGCUCCCUUACCAGCGCCGCCCACCCAGCAGCCCCAUUAGACCCCAGGGAAAGGGAGAGCCCCCCAGCAUUCCCAAAGGUAAGGAGGCUGGGGGGGUUGAAUUUAAAAAAAAAAGUGAGUGUGUUAAUGUGAGUGUGUGAGUGUGCGGGGCGGGGAGGAGGGUGGGGUGGCGCAGGUGGGGGGGAGGGGGUGCCUGAGUUUUGUCAUGCCUAGGGCAGCACAAAACCAGGAUACACCACUGAUUGAAAUAGCUCAACACAGUGAAUGCUUCAAGUAAUUUCCACAAAUUGUACUGAAAAUGCAACUUAUAAUGACUUCUCCAGUCUCAAAACAACUCCUUCAUGACAAGCAUCUUGUAUAUAGUAUACAGUACUAACCAAGAGUUUGCAGAGAUCACUAGUAUUCUGUGCUAUGAUUUGUGUACAGUGCGCCCAGCUUAGAAGUGGUAUUGUCCAGCUUACUGACAAACGCAAUUUAUUUAUUAAUUUAUUUUUCAUAUUAGAAAACAUUGAGGCAAAUGUAAAUAUAGGAACAACACAGCUUCUCACUUUGAAUAUACAGGUACCUUGGAUCACUUAGCUAGCAAAUGCAUUAAAUUAUUUAUGUAAAAUAAAAUAUAAAUGAUAUGUAAAAAUAAUUAUAAUAUUAAUACUCUAGUUUUUAGCCAUGUCCAGAAAUCUAAAGCAGCAAUAUAUAGACGCGUGCGCUGAACUGGAUCACCCGGUGAACUCAUUCAUUGCAGAAAUGCUUAUGCAAGCAGAAGUUUCUGAGUAAGUAUAUGUCGUCAUGGCUGAUUAACUGUCCUUGGAGCCAAAUGGCCUGUUUACUCAGUGCACCCCUCCAUAUGUGUGUAUGUGUAUAUAUAUUUGUCUCUAAGUGUGUGUAGUCUGCUUGUGGUAUUGCAUGUGGGGGUGGGUUGCUGCUUGUGGUGUUACAUGUUUGAUGGUAGGCUGCUUGUGUUGUGGUUUUGCUUAUUUUGGGGGAUGCUGCUUGUGGUGUUGUGUGUGUGGGGGGGGGGAUGCUGCUUUUAGGGCUGUAUAUGGUUCUGUUUGCUGUGUGGCAUGUAUGUGUUUUAUGGGAAUGGGGUUGUAGUGAGUAAGUAGUAAAUCGUGAGUGUUUGUGGAGUGCUUUAGUGUGUGCUUGGAAGAAGGGGGCUGUAGUGUGUGGGGUAAUUGGGGCCGUAGUGUGCCCGUGGGGUUAUUGGACCUGCAGUCUAUGUAUGUGGAGGACUUUUGGUCUGUAGUGUAUGUAUGCAGGGUUUAGUGUGUGUUUGGGGAGACAGGGGCUGUUGUGUGUGUUUGGUCAAAACGUGGCAGUACUGUGUGUUAAGGGAGUGAUAGGGCUGUUGUUUGUGGGGAGAUACGUUCUGUACAUUGGGUGAGUUAGGAACUGCUUUGCGGACGUGAGGAAUAGACCCCCCCACUUCAAAAACACCCUUAAAAUAAAAAGUGAAGUUUAUACUCCCCUCUCUUUUGCUUAUCACAGGCUAGGAAGGGGGGGGGGAAUAUUAAUCCCUGGUGGUCUAGUGGGUGCAUGAUAUGGUCUGCACCAUCAGUGUUUGCAUACUAUUUAAAUGACUCCUUCCUGCUGGUGUUACCACAAUGCACCACCAUUAUAGAUAUAAUGGAAAUGUGUUUUUUUUAUUAUUUGUUUGACGGCAGAAGAGAGCCCUAAUUUAUUGAUUGAUUACCUCCCCCCAAAGUAGUCAUGUAUCCAACUAUGUUUUUUUUUAAUAAUAAAGUUACUUUAUUUUGGUAGUUUCAUAUGUGUGACGGUAUGAAAUUAAGGAAAUUCUAAGAACUGUUGAUAUGCCUCUAUCGUUUUAUACCUAUAGUGUGAGUUCAGGUACUAUGUAUUCGGAUAUAGUGUGCUUUGAUCGUUUUAAAAUUGAAGAAAGGUUGUCACACUAAUGCCACCGUCUGAAAUGUAACUAUUUCUUCUCUGCAGACAGCAUAUUUCAACCUUGAAGAUCUGCGGAAAUAAUCGCCUAGUGAAAGCUGAAAGAGUUACAGAUGAAGAUUUCCUUUCUCUUUCUCGUGUUUUAGGUCAAAACACUUUUGUAACAAGUAGGUGUUAGUCCUAACAUCUGUUAUUGCCAAUCUUGGUUUACAUUAGAAAUCCUGUGUAUAGAUGUGUAGCAUUUAAAUAAAAUACAGUGUCAGGGUAACAUAGAACAGACUUUUUAUAUUGUGCUUAUGUGACAACUCAAAUGUUUAGGAUUUCUUUAAUUAAAGAGACACUAAAGUCACCAAAACAACUUUAGCUUAAUGAAGCAGUUUUUGUGUAUACAUCAUGCCCCUACAGUCUCAUAGCUCAGUUCUCUGCCAUUUAGAAGUUAAAUCACUUUGUUUAUACAGUCCUAGACACACCUCCCUGCAUGUGACUUGCACAGCCUUCCUAAACACUUCCUGUAAAGAGUCAUCUAAUUUUUACACUUUCUUUAUUGCAAAUUCUGUUCAGUUUUGAUUUUUUUAGCUACUGUCAUAUUAAUACUUUGCUAGACCGUGCAGGAGUGUUUUGUUUGUAAUUAAAGUUUAAUUUACAGAGCAGAAGAUAAAAACUUUUAAAGUAAGUUACAUCUCAUUGAAAAUGAAACCAUUAUUUUUUGUGCCGGCUGUCUCGGUCACAGCCAUGGGAGGUGUGGCUAGGGCUGCAUAAAAAGAAACAAAGUAAUUUAACUCCUAAAUAGCAGAGAAUAAACAGUAACACUUCAGAUGCAUAAUCUAUACACAAAACCUGCUUCAUUAAGCUAAUGUUGUUUUUGUGACUAUAGUGUCCCUUAAACAAAUAAUCAAAGGAUUGGCAUUUAACAACUGAAAAAAGUUUCUAAGUACUAAAAUGAGAGAAAUGAUAGUAUCCCAAUAGGGAAACUAUAGUAUUAAUGUGUCAGGGACAACCUCAUAGGGGAUAACCCUUACUUAAAUAGAGAAUAAAGAAAAUUCCAGUGAAAAAAGCUUCUCUCUGGAAUAAUGGGUAGGAGGUCCCUUUAACCAUCAGAUGGAUAAUAUAAAAUAAAAUAUACCUUUUAUUAGUUAAUUUAAAAUAUAUAUGUAGAAAUGAAUAAAUGAAAAAUAAAACAUGUAGACAGGCAGAUUUAUGAGUAUGUUCACUGGUGUGAAAAGAUAAGAUAACUCAGUCUAUUAAUAUAGAGCAAAGUAAUAUCAACCAAUGAAACAUAGAGUCCCCACUCUGGGAGAAUGAGAGAUGUUAAUGAAGUGAGCGAACUAGCAAUAUUGUGAGUCGCUCACACUGAGUGAUUUAUACUUGGUUGUAAAUCAAUACAAAAUGUGCUUGAAUGAUAAACAUGGGCCGAUUGUGUCAGAGAAAAGGACCAUGGUAAUCAAGCAAAAAAUUAAAGGGUAACAAUCAAGGAAGAGAGAGAGAUCUCCUGUAAUAAUAGAGUAAAAAGGACAAAUAUAUAACAGGUGCCUAGGCAAUCUGACGUCCUAAUUCUAAGGUGUUACAAAAGAUCAUUAGUUACUUGCUGGAUAUAAAUGGUUUAUCUAGAGAUGCCUGGAACUACCUAAGGUAGUUCCAGGCAUCUCUAGACAGGCAGUUAGAGUUAGAGUCUCCAGAUCGCUCUCUCCAAAUGUUGGAUCGGACUAGUUCUUUACAAGUGCUAGAGCUGUCUCCAGUGGGGGGAACUAUCAGGAGUUUUGAGCUGUUUUCAAGUGGGAAUUGAAGGGGAUCUGUUUCUGCUGUUAUUACACCUCCAUUUUUGCUCCACGAUUUUGGGCUCAUAUUGAUUUAGACAAACCAUUUAUAUCCAGCAAGUAACUAAUGAUCUUUUGUAACACCUUAGAAUUAGGAUGUCAGAUUGCCUAGGCACCUGUUAUAUAUUUGUCCUUUUUACUCUAUUAUUACAGGAGAUCUCUCUCUCUUCCUUGAUUGUUACCCUUUAAUUUUUUGCUUGAUUACCAUGGUCCUUUUCUCUGACACAAUCGGCCCAUGUUUAUCAUUCAAGCACAUUUUGUAUUGAUUUACAACCAAGUAUAAAUCACUCAGUGUGAGCGACUCACAAUAUUGCUAGUUCGCUCACUUCAUUAACAUCUCUCAUUCUCCCAGAGUGGGGACUCUAUGUUUCAUUGGUUGAUAUUACUUUGCUCUAUAUUAAUAGACUGAGUUAUCUUAUCUUUUCACACCAGUGAACAUACUCAUAAAUCUGCCUGUCUACAUGUUUUAUUUUUCAUUUAUUCAUUUCUACAUAUAUAUUUUAAAUUAACUAAUAAAAGGUAUAUUUUAUUUUAUAUUAUCCAUCUGAUGGUUAAAGGGACCUCCUACCCAUUAUUCCAGAGAGAAGCUUUUUUCACUGGAAUUUUCUUUAUUAAGUACUAAAAUGGAAACCAAUUAAUAAGGUCUGCUCCCCAGGUCUCUGGUUCAAUAGCUGACUCAUAGAAUGUGAGAGCAUCAUGCCAGUAACUACGUAGCACUGUAUAUAAGGAACUAUCCAGUUUAUUUUUCUAAUCCUCCUCUUUAAGGACAGUUACAGCUAAUAAUGUCAUAAAUAUAUUUGUGCAGGUUGUUCCUUAAAAUGGAAUGAAGAUAUUCUUUCUAAAAUAUGCUGCAAUCCAUUUUUCAGAGGUUUUGUGUGUUGCAAAUUAAUUUUCUUUUUUACUCUGUGUUUGUGCAAUUACUAUUAACCAUAGGUUAGGGCAGAAGGGCUAAAAUAAAAACAUAUUAAAAAUAGAAAAAUCUGGAUAUUAAAUUUCAUUAUAGGAAAGUAAUUAAGGGAACACUAAAACCAAAUUUUUCAAACCAUAGUGUCCCUCUGCCUCCUCCUGGUUAGUAAACAGAAAAACACUUUCUUUCACUUACGUAUUUCCAGCGCAAAGGAUCGGAUUUCUCUUCCUGCCUGCAGGCAUUAGUCCUUCCCCAUAGGAGAGCACCGAAUCAAUUAUUUCCUAUGGGUAUUUUCAAGAUGCUGAUUGUCCUCAUUCAAAUCCUGAGAAAGCCCAGAAUUCUUUCACAGAGUUAAACUCCAUGAAAAUCCAAUGAGAACCUCUAUGGUCACCUGGAAGACAGCAGAUGGUCUUAAUCCAGCAAAAUGAACAUGAAGGAAAUAAUGAAAAUAUGUUUCUCUUUCUUCUCUUCCAAAGCAAUGUGUGCCCUGGUUGAGUAAGGACUGAACUGGGUUGUAAUGUGAAUGGCUAGUAUAUUUAAUAAACCGAUCAUCAUAUAUAUCAAAAAGUACCACAAGUAAUAGGUGUUUUCCAAUGUUUGUUUAAUUAAUUAAUUUCCAGAGUAGGGAUGGAUUCUUAAAAAAAGAAAUAAAGUGCUAAUUGUUGUUUUUUUUUUAUUAACCAUGAGAAUUUUAAAGUAGUAAGUUUAUGAUCAUAAAAAACUAAAGUCUUCCUCUUACAGAUCUUGACCUGAGGUAUAACAAUUUAAGUGAUAAUGGUGCCAUCCACAUUGGAAACUUCCUUAAGGUACGUACUUUGUUGUACUUGUAUUAACAUGGCAAUUUCCAUGUAUGUAAGCUGAAAUAUGGAAAAUAAUUCAAGUUAAAAGUGAUGUUUUAUUUCACUGAAAAUUUAGUGGAAAAAACACACAUCAUUGGUCACAGAGACUGAAUGUAAAUAUUUAUGGAGUAGGCACAAGACUGUCCUAUAUGUAACACAAGGUAAUUAACCACGCUGUAUAUACAGGUAGUACACUAAGCAGACUGGAUGGACAAGUGUUUUUUUAUUUGCCUAUAGAACUAGUUUUUUAUUUGCUUCUUCAGCUUUUUGUAUGCCACGGUGCUAGCAAAAGAAUAUUUUAAUUUAUGUUCUGUUUUCCAGGGUAACACAUCUUUACUUAGUUUAAAUUUGAUGGGAAAUGAUAUUGGCACCGAUGGAGCAGCAGAGAUUGCUAAAGCCUUAUAUGUAAGUACAGUGCCAUAUUAACAGCAUCAUGGGCCCCCUGGCAAAGCGGUGCUCUGGGACCCUGCUUACACUUUUGUAACAAGUAGGUGUUAGUCCUAACAUCUGUUAUUGCCAAUCUUGGUUUACAUUAGAAAUCCUGUGUAUAGAUGUGUAGCUUUUAAAUAAAAUACAGUGUCAGGGUAACAUAGAACAGACUUUUUAUAUUGUGCUUAUGUGACAACUCAAAUGUUUAGGAUUUCUUUAAUUAAAGAGACACUAAAGUCACCAAAACAACUUUAGCUUAAUGAAGCAGUUUUUGUGUAUACAUCAUGCCCCUACAGUCUCAUAGCUCAGUUCUCUGCCAUUUAGAAGUUAAAUCACUUUGUUUAUACAGUCCUAGACACACCUCCCUGCAUGUGACUUGCACAGCCUUCCUAAACACUUCCUGUAAAGAGUCAUCUAAUUUUUACAAGGAAUAAAAAUUAAAGUUAUCGAUAAAAUUAAGCUUAUAUUUAUUGGUACCUUCGACAUGCAAUACAUACAUACACACCGACUGCCGAAUACACGGGCACACUGACUGCCGAAUACACGCGCACACCGACUGCCGAAUAAACGCGCACACCUACUGCCAAAUAUACGCACACACCGACUGCCAAAUACAAGCACACAGACUGCUGGAUACACACAAACAGACUGCUGGAUACAUACACACAAUCCACUGAAUACACAAGCACACACACACAGACUGCUGAAUACACACAGGCUGCUAAAUACACACACACAGACUGCUGCAUACACACACACACACUGGUGAAUACACAGACCGAGGCUGCCAAAUACACCCAGACUGCUGAAUACAAACACACACACACACACACACACACACUGCUGUAUACACACACACACUGCCGAAUACACCCAGACUGCUGAAUACACCCAGACUGCAGUAAGGGGUGCGGUGUAUGUGUUUGUGUGUGAGGGGUAAAGUGUGAAGGGUACAGUGUGUUUGUGGAGGGUGCUAUGUGUGUGUGUGCAUGGCCGUCUUUAACGUGGGGCAAACGGAGCAGCUGCCCUGGGCCAAGUAACUCCUGGGGGACCCCAGAGCAGCCUCCCCAUUGGCCCCCGCUGCCCAGAAUGUAUUUGAGCCCCAUGAACUUGGUGGUGCAGCUGCACACAAAGGAAGGAGGCCCACCGGGUGGCUCCAAGCCUCCAAGGUGGGACCAAUUCUUAUUGGGUGCUAUGAAGUAGGUCCCCUCCCCUUUCCAUUUGCAAUAAAUUCUGCAAAGGUAUAGGUUUUACUUACCUGGAAUCCAGGGCCAGGCAAAGCUCCAGGCACUGACUUCCACACCUCCAUCUGACACCAUAUGGGCCUUGCGCAAUCCAAUCACAGACUGUCACGGUAGUAUACCCCAACACGCAAGAAUAGUCCAAUUAGAGACAAGAAAACAAUAUACGUCUUACCGGACCUUAGAAUGGCGGACUUUGACGUUGACAGGAAAAGACAGAGUCAAGAACAAGCCGAGGUCAAGGGAACAGAGAGACAGCGUAAACAAAAGGACUGGUACACAGGAGUCAGGAAACCGGCGAACAAGACAAAGCAGGGAUAAAGAGAAAAACUGAGUCAGGUACAAAGCCAAGGUCAAGCACGAAAAAAACCACUACUACACGAAACAAGCACUAAAGGGAACUGAAUCAGAAACCACGAUAGGGCAGGUUUAAAUACCUGCCCUGAGUAUAAAUACCUAUUAGUUUAAUUUGAUUGGCCCUUGUCAUAUCCACGCCCCCAAAACGUGAGUGUAUGGGGAAUGUGGAAUGACAUGGGCCAAUGGGAGACCUUUUUUAUUUUUUGCUGCCACUGUCCCUUUAAAAGCGUCACGUGGCCGCUUCUCGCAGCUCGUCCAGUUGCAGGACCAUGUGCGGCGGGGAAGAAGGACCUCGCCCGGCGCCUGGAGAGGAUAAGUACCGCUACACAGACUUCUUUAUGAGACUCAGAGCACAUGUGCACAAUCUGAGCCAACAUGGGGAGGGGAAAGGAAGGAGUGGAGGGAGAGUGGGAGGGUAGUUUAAAAACAAUACAAGAAGCAGAGAAAGGCAGGAGGGAGCAGCCACAGGGAGGGAGGGGAAAACUAUCUUCAGGCUUUCUUUCAUUCUGUCGUCCUGUCAAAACAUGCACGGAAUUGACAUUGCUAGUCCUAAACAGAGUUAUGGGCUGCCAAUGUCACAUGUGUUGGUGGUGCAACUAGCACACAAUUAGCAAUAACUCUGUAUGUGCAGUGUUUCAAGCAGAAACACUGCACAUACAUUCUCUUAACACCAUAACCACUUCAAAUCACUGAAGUGGUCAUGGUGGUUAGACUAACCCUUUAAAGAUCCAAGCUUUCUAAUGCUGGCAUGCAGAUAUACAUUUCAGCAUUCUUUGCUGUUUGAUGAUCGUUUCUCUGGAAAGCUUCUAUAAAUUUUGAAAAGUAAAUCUAAAAAUAUUAAAUAAUUUGAAAUGCUUAUCCAACAAUAUUCAAUCGAGGCCUAAAUCAGUAAUUGUAGAUAAAUACUCAAAUUACUAAACAGAUAUUUUAAUUGUUAAUUUGUUUGAAAAUUUCCUUCAACUCUUUUGCAGGAUAAUGAAACUCUUAAGAGCUUGAGGAUGACAGGAAAUAAAAUUGGAAACAAAGGAGGGAUGUUCUUUGCCUCCAUGUUGCAAAUUAAUUUAACACUUGAAGAGUUAGACCUCGGGGACUGUGAUUUGGUAAGUGUACACUCCUAUAUAGUGUAAGAUUUUUUUUAGGUAGUAUUGUAUGUUUUUAUGUACUGUUUCCAUUUGAAAGCAAUGGUUUACUUGUGUGUAGUGUUUGCCUUUGAAUAUAGCCGUGUGUCUGCAUGUAACUCGUGUUUUAGUGUUGACAAUUGAAUGCAGGUGUGUAUUUGUGUGUAGUGUUGGCAUUUAAAGUCGUAUUUACUAAAGUGAUAAUUCAAAGUGAAUUUCAAAUUUAAGGCCAGAGUCUUCAGCUAUUUUGACCUUAAACUGGAAAUUCACUUUGAAUUCACCUUGAAUUCUCACCAUCACAGUUUAGAGGAUGGAGAAGUCAUUAUAAGUUGCAUUUUAGUUAAAUUUAGGGAAACCACCUAAAGCAUUUGUUGUGUUAAGCUAUUUCAAUUGCUCUUGUUUGAUUUGUUCAUUGCAAACAGCUGAAACUGUAAAUUUUAACAAAAAUUUUCAAUGGGGGUUGAAUAUUUUUUAUUACAACUGUAUAUCUUUAAAUUCACAGCAAAGAUAAGUACGUGUAACAUUUUUUUUUCCAUCACUUUUUUUUUUUUUUUAAAUACAGGGUAUUCAAAGUCUUAUUGCAUUUUCUACUGUACUCAGGCAAAACAGAUCCAUAAAGUCUAUAAAUCUGAAUCGGCCUUUGUUUUAUGCAUUACAGGUAUGCAUCGCAAAUCACCACGUUAUUUUAUUUUGUUGUAAUAUAUUUAAAAUGCUGUUGUAAACAUUUGUUGCUUCUCAUUUUCUUAAAUUAUAUAUCAUCAUAGCCAAAUGCAAUUUGUAAAUACAAACAGAAAAUUUAUGUUGCCUAAAUUAUGCCAGACAAAUUUAUGGCAAAUGAUUUAGUAAAUUUAACCAGGUAACAAAAAUAUAACCCUCUGUUCUUAAAGGAAGACACUACAAUUCACAUUUCCAUGAUGUUAAAAGUAAACGACACUCUUCAGGAACUGCACCUAUCUAAACACGAGAUGACAGACUUUGGUUUGGAACGUCUUUGUGAAGCAUUGCAUGAAAAUGUCACUCUGAAGUAUCUUGAUCUCAGCUGGUAACAACCCUUUCAAUCUCUUUGAGAUGGAAUAAAUGUAAUAAGUAUAUAGGUUAUUAAUAUUUUAUGAUAAACUACUCUCUGUAAUAUUUUAUGGUAAACAUCUCUCUGUCUACUACAAAGGUAUCAAACUUCAAAAGUCAGACAUUUCAAAUGCGUAUAAGAAAAAGAGAAUAGAAAGAUAAUUUAAUGGAAAUCUAUUAUAUUUUUAUGUCCUUUAAGGAACAUUCAAACAUUAAAAACCACUGUUAGGGGGGGCGGGGCCUGACCGCCAAGCCGAGCGGACGCAACUCACAUCGGCUCCUGACCAAGACUCACAUUAACGCCCAAUUUCACGACUUUAUAGCCCCUCCAGGCGCACAACCAACAUCCAGAGACUCCUGGGCAUCUCUACAAGUAAUCAGCAGACCGAGAUCUAGCUUUGGCCUGCGAUCCUCUGGAUCGGACCGGGCAUACCGAGGGUGCUACCAGAGCCCUGUACCCCCCCCCGUAGUCCGGUGGGGGUUAUCCCGGACCCCACCAAGAUAGUGCUCACCCUCGAAACUCACCCAGGCGAACCACGCACAAACAGCUCCGACGCCGUUUGCACAAAAUGGCCGACGACAUUGCUGCUCCGUCGUAUGAUGCGACAGAAGCAACCCUAAUGAAACUGGACUUACUCUUUGAAGCCUUUUGGCAAAAGAUUAGGGAGAGGCAAUGCAGCACAGCCUUGAAGCUACACCCACCUCCUGCAGCCCAACGGUCAAAGACCCUUCCGAAGUGGAACGGUGCCACAAACGGGCGCCAGAUGAGACCCAGGCAGACCGACACAGGUGCAAAGCAACACUCUGCAAAACUAGCACAUCUCUGGCACCACCGGGCCACACGCGGCCCACGCCAUCAUGUAAAAAGGGAGCCCCAGAAACCACAGAGAAAUCACCUUUGUGCAGCGGAGAGGCAGGCGGCAGCGGGACAUGGAACCCAUAGAGACCCUGACUCUCCUGCCGACCCCGGGCGGGAAAUACUAGCUCAAGCCAACGUAAGGAGCCAGAGAGACAAGCUUGAAGAUUCAUGCCCCCCUAUGGUGCGAUCUGGACCUGGCCUGACUGCCACGGGCAUAGGCUGAGACAUCUAUAUGUGAGAGGACACUGGGUCUGUUAAUGGCCUUGUAAUACUGCUCUCCAAUUGCCAUUCUUAACACGUACACUCUCACCACAAUAUGCACAGCCCUGCUUUACCUGGUUUGUCCACUGCCCUCCAAUUUACCUAAUCUGUCUCAUGUAAAACCAUACUCACAAAUGUGUCUCCUAAUAUCUCGUACUUGGUGGUAACAUCAUUAACAGAACUGUCAGUCAACACAGCAUGGCAAAUUUCCUGUCUCCCCUUAACUCAAUACUGACGUGUUCUUAUAUAUCUAUUACUCAUGUUAUAAUCUACUAUUAUGGCUAACAAUAGGUCAGUUACCUAGCUUGUUUCCAUUAACACUUAUACCAACAUACCUACUGACACAUUAUGUAACACAAAGAUUUAUUGUAUCAAAACUGUAGAAGCGCAUAUGUAAACUUGCUUAAAUAUUUAAAAAAUGUGCAGUUACUUCCAUGCCAUGUAUGUUCAAAACCUGUUUCUAUUUUCAUGUUGGACUACGCUGUUGUGGCAUUAUCAAAUGAUUGUUAAAAAAAACCAAAAAAAAAACCCCACUGUUAAACUCACUGAUAUUCCAGCGUCGGACAUUCUCACAACCUAAUCUAAAUACCUUUUCUCUUUUAUUUUUUCGUUAUUGUGCUAGAAUUUUUUCUUUUCUAUUAAUUUUAAUUAAAAGUGACUUCUUAUUACUGGUAAUUAUUGAAGGGAAGCAUACACUUGUCUUUAUCUGUAUUUAUAAUCUAAACAUGUGCUUACACUUUAUAUUUGUAGCAAUAAAAUAACUCGAGAUGGCAUCAAGCAUUUGGCAGAAGUAUUAAAAACCAACACAGCACUGGAAAUUUUAGAUCUUGCAUCAAACAGAAUGGAAGAUGAUGGAGCAAUUUAUCUUGCUGAAUCCAUUGAUUUGUAUAACCGGAGUCUUAAAGCGUUAGUAUCUGUAUCAACAUACACUUUUUUUCUCAUUGAAGCACAGAAACAAUAUUUGUUCUAUUUUUUUUUUUUUUUGGUAAAAGUAUACCUACCAUUGCUUACUUUCUUAUUUAUGGAGUUAUAGUUUUCAAUGUAAAUAAACAGAUACAAUUUGUAUCUUGUAAUCCUUUUUUUUUUAAAUUGGAUUAACAUAAUUUUUUAAUGACAAGCUUUCGGGAGAACCUCCCUUUCUGAAGUCUGAAGCAUUUCUGAGCAAGACAACACAUAGAAUUCAAAGUUGAGUUGUGAUACAGGGGUUAAAGCGACAUGAGUGCAGAUAAGACACAGGUUUGAUAGAAAAUAGACAACAUUCUUGCAGAGGGUCGUAAAUAUCUUUCUGAAAAUCAGAGUGAACACUUAUACAUAGAUACAAAUACAUAUACAUACAUGCACAUGAACUCAUGUACACAAAUAUAAAUGCACAGUCACAUAUAUAACCAUAUAUGCAUAAGAGUAUGGGAAAGCAUAGGUCUAUACAUACAGUCAGGUCCAUAAAUAUUGGGACAUCAAUACAAUUCUAAUCUAAUAAACCCUCAAAUUAAAGCGGAAAGUCUGCAGUUACAGCACAUCUUGUUUCUUUCAUUUCAAGCCCAUUGUGUUGGUGUAUAGAGCCAAAAAGAUUAGAAUUGUGUAGAUGUCCCAAUAUUUAUGGACCUGACUGUAGUACUUGGUAUAUUGAUAGAAUAAGUAAGAUAAUGCUGGGGGAGUGUUGGUAGUGGGGCAGGAAACCCAAAUCAAUAUUUAGUCCUCUAUUCUUGCUUUCUUGGGUAUUUUUAAAGCCCCCUUUCGGUACUUUGAUUUUAUGUCCUUCAUUGAGUGGCCAGGCCGGGUAAAGUGGAGUCCCACAGGAGUGCAGUAUGAUCCUUCUUUGUGGUGUUUAAUGGAGUGUCUGUGCAUAUUCAUUCUGCCAUUUAAUUGCUGGGUGGUUUCCCCAAUGUAGCAUCCUAGGUGGUAUUUGGUGCAUUUUUCUUUUUCCCAUUUCAGACAAUACCAGCCAAAAUAUUUUUCAGAUACAUAAUUGUUUAAGGCUUUGGUAGAGAGUCAUCAUCAGUAGUGUAUUCCCUCCUCCUGCCUGACUCCACACUGAACUCCACAGGUAACUGUGUGAUAGUCAGUGUGAGUGUGACUGUCUGCCUGUGUGUGUGACUGUCUGCCUGUGUGUGACUGUGUGUGUGUCUGUGUCUGUGUAUGAAUGUCUGCCUGUGUGUGUGUCUGUGUCUGUGUGUGUGUCUGUGUCUGUGUGUGUGUAUGUAUGUGUGUGACUGUAUGCCUGUGUGUAUGACUGUCUGUGUGUGUGUCUGUGUGUGUUUGUGUCUGUGUGUAUGACUGUCUGCCUGUGUGUUUGUGUGUGUGUGUGACAGUCUGCCUGUGUGUAUGUGACUGUGUGUGUGUGCAUAACUGUCUGCCUGUGUGUGUGAGUGACUGUCUGCCUGUGUGUGUUUGUGUGCCUGUCUGCCUGUGGGUGACUGCCUUCCUCUGUGUAUGUCUUCCUGUGUGUCUGUGUGUGGCUGUCUGCCUCUGUGUGUGUGUGGCUGUCUGCCUGUGUAUAUGUGUGUGGCUGUCUGCGUGUGUGUGGCUUUGUGUGUGUGUGUGUGGUUGUCUACCUGUGUGGCUGUCUGCGUGUGUGUGGCUGCGUGUUUGUGACUGCCUUCCUCUGUGUAUGUCUUCCUGUAUGUCUGUGUGUGGCUGUCUGCCUCUGUGUGUGUGUGGCUGUCUGCCUGUGUGUAUGUGUGUGGCUGUCUGCGUGUGUGUGGCUUUCUGUGUGUGUGUGUGGUUGUCUGCCUGUGUGGCUGUCUGCGUGUGUGUGUGGCUGUCUGCAUGUAAGUAUGUGUGUGUAAGACUGUAUGUGUGACUGUGUGUGUGUAAAACUGUAUGUGUGGCUGUCUGUCUGUAAUUGUGAGUGAGUGUGUUCAUCUACCUGUAACUGUAUGUUUCUGCCUGAUCCUGUGUAUGUGACUAUCUGCCUGCGACUAUGUGCAUGUGGUGGUUUUGACAGUGUAUAGGUAUAACUGUGUGCAUCUGACUGUGGUACUGUGUGCACAUAACUUUGCAAAAAUAUACACCUGCAUUAACACACAGGCCUAAAUGCAUGUUUUUUUUAUCUGAAUUAAAUAACCAUCACACACAGCCAAUAAACCCAGCACAAAUAUCACAUUCAACCAAUACACGCAUAUCACACACUGUUAAUACAAAUAUCACACACAGCCAACACAUAGCACACACCGUCAUCACACCUAUCACAUACACAGACAACACAAACAUUACAUCAUACAUGGAUGACAGGGGGGGCACUGUGAAGAUUUUUCGCACAGGGUGCCUAAAUGCCUAAGGCCGUCCCUGAUAUUGGUUGUAGGUCUUUGAUGAUUUUCCGUAUUUCCUCAAGAGUGAUACUCGUGUAGAUAUUUUUUUCUCUCUGUAUUGUAAUAGGCGCGUGCAUGGAGUUUUUACAGCAGAGUUGAUUUGUUUGGUAAUAGUCUUUGGUUCUUCCUACCCUCCUCACUAUGAUCUUCAGAAAGAUAUUUACGACGGUGUCUAUUUUCUAACAAACCUGUGUCUUAUCCGCACUCAUGUCACUUUAACCCCUGUAUCACAACUCAACUUUGAAUUAUGUGUCCUCUUGCUCAGAAAUGCUUCAGAUUUAAGAAAGGAAGGGUUCUCCCUGAAAGCGUGUCAUUCAAAAAUUCUGUUAGUUCAAUAAAAAAGGUAUUUAAGAUACAAAUUUUAUUUGUUUUUUAAAUCUACAUCACUGGACUAAUACAAUCUCUAUUGGAGUUAUAGUUUAUUAGAAAAUAAGUUAGAUGAGAUUGCCUUACACCCUAACAUCAUUAACCAAAACAAAAACAAUGUAUAGUUAGACUGUGACAUUCUCAGAACAUUAAUUACGGUUAUCAAAAGAAAUAGCUGACCUUUUUAGCUAGGCUGUGAUCCAUUUGACCUCGAACAGAGGGCCCUAUUUCAGGAGUUUUUUGUCCCACCCAUGUGACAGGGUAAGAGAAAGUGGGGGAACAAGGUUAGUAUGUGCAAGAUUAGCUUUAACCCUAGUGGAGGGUACAACUGACAAACCGGUACUCCUAUCUUUCCUGGCCACGGUAAUACAUGUUCCCAGCUGGUAUUUAAAUUAGUUUCUGGGUUACACAAUGUGAUAUUUAAGACCCCAGUGGCCAAUCAUAGGUAGAAGGAGAGGGGGAGCUUACAGAUAGAGCUUGUUUUUGGCAGUAGCCCAACCCGUCAGCUGCUUGUCAGUCUACUGGUAUGCUUUGUCUAGACCUGUGUUUGCUCCUGACAUUGGGCCCCGAAGCUCUGAUGCACCCUGGUGCCAGAGCUCCUACUGCACUGCCAAUAGUUCUGCUCUAGUUUAUAAGUAAGUCAUUAGCCUUGCCAACUGCUAAUAAAGUAACUCUCCCUUACUGAUGUGGAGUGGUCUGUCAUUCAGUUAAUUUCAUGAGACUUAUGAAUAUAAUACUAGACAGUAUUUUUUCUUAUUUAAAGUUACUUAGGUUAUAGAAUUAGCUAUGAAUAGACCACAAACUGUUAAUUUAUUGAAUGUCAAUCUGUUAUUUUGCCUAUUAGAUUAUCAAUUGUAAGCAACAACAUCACAGGAAAAGGUCUAAAGUCUUUGGCAGCUUCCAUUAAAGCGAAUGAUUGUUUGAUAUUCAUCUACAUUUGGGGGAAUAAGCUUGAUGAAGAUGCUUGUGUGGUAAGUUAUACCUUAUAUGUCAGCAGCUAUAUUUAUGAAUGAAAAGGGUUAGUGUUAAGGCUGAUGUAGUGUUAGUGUUGUGUACAGUAAGGGUUGGUGUAGGGUUAGGAAUAGUAUAAAGCAGCUUCUCCCAAUUGGUGUUCCACAGAAGUUGAAAGUUGCAUUUGGCCAGUAAUUUAUCUGGUAAGUUUGGUGAUGCAAUUUGCAUGUACAGUCUGGUAAGUGUUCUUAUUAAGCUUGUGCAGAGGCGGCUCUAGACUUUGAGGCCUUAGGCGAAACCGAAACAUGAGGCCCCACUAACACCAAAGUUAAAAAAUAGAGUUGCAAUAAAUGCACACAUAUACACAUUGAUGCACUGUCUACCUGUGUAUGUGCCUGAGAGUGUGUCUGACAGAGAGUAUCCUUGUGUGUGUGAAUGUAUGUCUCUGUGACCAUGUUUGCUUUUUGACUGGGACUGUAUGUGUAUGGGGUAGCUGCUUGAAGUGUGUUGUGUGUAUGGGGGUCUGUCUGUGGCCUUUGUGCCUUGUGUUUAUGGCAAAGCUAGUUUUCUUGACUGUGUGUAUGAUGAACGUCUUCAGCUGGUGACUAUGACAAGUUGAGUUAAGGGAUACCAGUGGCCGGGAGAGCGUGACAGGGCAAAGAGAGUAAAAGGGACAUUGUGGGGGAUGGGGGGCUGAGAGAAUGAGAGAGAGGGAGUAGGACAUGGUUUGAGGAGCAAGUGUGACAGGGCGAGUGGAGGUAAGAUUUUCCAUGUUGCCAUCAGCUGCCCUGCUGUGACACUGUACACCUUCCUGCUGGCAGGACACCAGUGGUCUUUUCUGUGUCUUGCAUCUGCCACAUCCAACUGGUGGCUCUUCUCACUGCACAAUUGUAUGCCAAAAUCAGUACACAGGCAGGAUCUUUUACUAAAGAAUGUGACAAGCUGUUCUUCUGGAAUAGGAGAACCUCAGGUCAAGAUCCCACACCGGCAGAGAAACUGUGAAGAAUUGAAAGAACCCCCAUGUUAAUAUAAUAAUCAGGGCCAGUUGGUUAGAUAUAGGAGAUUAAUUAAUGCAAAUCAUCAGCAUGAUGUUGGUUAGUGGCUAGCUUUGAGGCUUGGAGGUACUUGUGAAGCAACAACCAAAACAGUUAAUGUGGGGAAAAAUUGUGAUUGAAAACCCCUUCCACCUGAAGUCCUGUGGAUAGUUAAUACAAUGUUAAACAAAAAUCAGCACACCAGUUUUCAAUUACAAUUUUCCCCCACCAUAACUGUUUUGGUUGUUGCUUCACAAGUACCUCCAAGCCUCAAAGCUAGCCAGUAACAAACCUUUGCAUCUUAAAAUGAAUUGUGUUUCAAAACUGUUGUAUACAGCAAACACAGACUCAAAGGAAUCCAUGUUUAAAAAGUAAUGAGGCAAAAAUUUGAUUCUUUGUUGAACUAAUUUCCAUAUGCCCACCCAGAAUCUCUUGCGGUAGUAACAUUACUGCAAUUUUGUGAUUUUUUUUAAAUAUUAUAUGCCCUUGGUAUGCCCUCCACCAGUCUUUUGCAUUGCUGUUGGGUGACUUUAUGCCACUCCUGGUGCAAUAAUUCAUGCAACUCGUCAUUGUUUGAUGGCUUGUGACCAUCCAUCUUCCUCUUGAUCACAUUCUUGAGGUUUUCAGUGGAGUUAAGGUCUGGAGACUGGGCUGACCAGGAAAGAGUCUUGAUCUGGUGGUCAUCCAUUCACACCUUGAUUGGCCUGUCUGUGUGGCAUUGAGCAUUGUCCUGCUUGAAAAAAAAAAAAAAAAUCCUCAGGGUUGAAGGAUAUUUUUAAGCAAGUUUCUAACAAGAUGACCUUGUACGGGGCUUGAUUCAUGAGUCCUUCACAAAACAUAAUAUGCCUGAUUCCAGCCUUGCUGAAGCACCCCCAGGUCAUCAUGAUCCUCCACUAAAUUUCACAGUGCAUGCGAGAAACAGGGGCUUGUAAGGCCUCUUCAGGUCUCCGUCUAAACAUAUGUUGACCAGGUAAUGGGGAAAGCUGAAAAUUGGUGGCGGUCAUCCUGGUCAGUGGAGAGUUAUUUUUAUCCUCUGCUGGUCUGUAGCUUUGUUGCCCACAAUGCAUGCUGCUUGAUCUUAUAAACCACAGUCUCUGUUUCUAUCCUUGAUAUCUCAACCAGGUGUUCACUGUUUAUCCGCCUGCCAGUAAAGCCAGAAUUGAACUAAUUUAAGACCUUUUUUGUAACCCCAACUCUUUUGGCAUUGUCAAUAGUUAUUUUUGUAUUUUAAUUACUUUUUGGGUACUAGUAGCACUGUUUUUAACCAUUCAGCUGGUCCUACUGCAAGAAUAUAGUACUGACCACUGCAGUGGUUUUUAUAUUUUUCUUCAUUAAAUUAGAUUUGGUUCAGGUGAUCACCAAUAAUAAAUCAGUAACUCAAGAGUAGAAUGAGUUGUAACUGUGUUGCUUUAAUUGCCCCUAUAGGUGUGCCCAGCAAUUAAAGCUGACCACGUUUAUAGCAAAUUAAUAUAUGUUUACAUACUCUUCAAACUUUUUUUCUUGUGUCAUUAUGGUUUUAGUUUGUAUAUUUAAGUGCUUGCUUGCUGAUUUAAAAAAGUUGUUAAGUGAUGCGUGUCCCUUAAGUGGUAUUAAGUAUAUUCUUGUGUGUAUGACAUAUGUUCAUUAAAAGUUGCCUAGUACCUAGAAAAUAUGUCUAGCCCUGCUCUUUAUGAAAGUAAAACUAAAAUACUUCUUUAAGUGUCAAAGGGCUGGGUGAUGAUUGGUUUCCCCUGUAUAUAACUAAAAGAACAUGCUAUAUUGAAUUCACUUUUUAUUAAUUUUCCAACUGGGAAUGUGCAGUGUAAAAUUAUGGUUAAAUUGAAUAAAUGAAACUGAAGGCUCUGGUUUGUAUUGUAGGCAUUUUCUGACCUCUUUUCCACUGGUCGCCUAAUCCCUUCCUCCACUGAUGUGCGACCAUACACCGUAGAUGGACGUAUCUACCUUGCUGAGCUUUUCCAUGGACUCAGGAAACAUUAUUAUUGGACACCAAGCUAUGGCAAAGCUGAAAACACUGCGUGCAAUUCCACAUUUGCAAUUUUAAAUGAGUAAACUAUUUUAAGAUUCAACUUGUACAUAUACAGCUAGUGAAUUUCUUUGGAAAAUUUAUGUUAGAUUUUAUAGAUUAAAUGUUUCAAUAUAGUUUUUUUCAGCUGUCCUUACACAUCGUUAUCCUCUAAAAUACAAAAUGCCCCAGUCCUGAUUAGAAAAGAAAUAUCCUAAUCUAUCGUGAUUGCAAAAUUCAGACAUUAUUAUCAAGAUUUACGGAUGUACAAAAGUAGGAUAAAUAUAGCCGGAAUUCAGGAUGUCUCAAUGCAACUAUAUGGAUGAAAUCUGUAACAGAAUUAGAAUAUAAAUAGACUACGUGACACAUGUAAAAUAGAAAGCACUUUUAUUUAAAACAAUAAAAAUGCAAUGAAAACACACAACUACUGAAGAAUAUCCCUAUAAUGUUAAAAUCCUAAAGUAAAAAGGGAAAUAAUUUUCCUUGUAGUGAUUAACUUAAAAUAUAAAUUACUGCACAUUUCCAAAAUAGCUUACAAAGAGUAAUAUUCUGUUUUUUUCUUUAAUAAAAAAUAAACCAGAUGUUGACCAACAAUGAGUUAAUCAAUUGUGCUAUUUUAUUGGGGUUGGUUCAGAGAUAUAGAGAAUUUACAAAGGAAUUCUAAAUGUUAGGCCGAAAUAGCACAAAAUGAAAAAUGGCUGAACUGUGAAAUUUUUCUAAAUCUGUUAUUUUCACUUAAAGGAACAGUCCAGUCCAAGCACCAUAACAGCCAGGCUCAGCUCUUCCAUCUCUCUGAAGAAUGUAGUGGAGGUGGGAAGCAGCACCUGAUAGAUCCCAGAUAAGAAGUCAAACUGUUCUAAAACUGACUACUUACAAUGGGGAGGUGCUAGCGUGCUGUGAUGGUUAUGGUAUCUUCCUUUAAACUGCCUUUUCCGUGUUGAUUCUCUACAAUUCCCAUUUUUUGUAUGAUUUCCUUUUUAUUUUAAUAUCUAAAUGAGUUAUUCACUAACUCAUUUAAAUUGCCAUGAAUUGAUACUCUUCGGUUAGUGAAUCAUUCUGAAAGAACUAGAGUGACAUUAAUACCACUGAUAGGAUCUUAUAAAAAAAGAAUUCUAACAUAGAAAGUGAUUUCCUCUGUCUCUCAUUCUUCUAACCUGUACUAAAAAGUAUAUAAGGCACCAAGAAUAAGCUCACUGUAAAAUUUAACAGGUUGGAGGGAGAGAGGCACAUUGAUGUGUUUGGGUAAAAGGCAGGUGAGAAAUAACAAUAAGAUGGCACUUUCAGUCAAUGCCAUUUAAAAAACACAUUUCCACACUGAAAUAUGUGCCAAUGACCAAAUCGAUUUUUAAACAUAGUCCGUAAUAAGACAUGCUAGUGCUCUCUAUAAAACUGCCUAACCCAUUCAUUGUUUGCAGUUUGUUUUAUUACUUCCAUGUCAGGCUGCUUGAUUAGAACUAUUAAAAUGUUCCUAACCAGUAUGUGUCACUAAUCAUAAAAGGAGAAUGUAUGCUAUGCCAACAGUAUCUACACUAUAGGUCUCUGCCACAAACUUUUCCAAAAAUGCUAGUAGGAAGUAAAAACCUGGUGUGUAGCAUUUCUUUGGGUCGGAUGUUCCUUUUCCCCCUGCUACGGAUUAACUUUUUUUUUUUUUUUUAAAGACAUUUGCAUUCCUAGAGUUGCCAUUAUCUUUACACACUGUGCUUUGAGAUGUAUCCAGUUAACCUUACAUUACUGAUGGUUGUUAGUCACUAAAGAUCAUAUUUGAAAUGCGUUAAAAUUCUGAGCAGUUUUGGCUGCAUCUGAAAUAUAAUCUUUAAAAAUGGAGUACAUUAUGGUUACAUGUGCAUGGUGUAGACCAGGGGUAGGCAACCUUUAGAACUCCAUAUGAUGUGGAGUACAUCUCAUAUAAUGCUCUUACAGCCAUAAUGCUGAAAAAGCAUCAGGGCAAAUUUAGUCCACAUCUUGAGUGCCACAGGUUACCUACCUACCCGUGGUUUAGAUCCUGCUACAACUUGGCAUGCCUGAAAUGAGGUUCUUAAUAAGCAUGUAAGAAUAGGACUUGUCAAACAGCCCCAUUCUAACCAAUAUACCUCUACCAUGUUGCAAUGCUGGCACACAUAUAAUAAUCUGGUAAUACUGUUCAUGUAAACUUUAUUUAGUUAAAUUCUGCAGAAAGUCUUAGUUUUGUAGGUAAAACCUUUUACACUAUAACUGAUAUUAAACUAUUCUUUUUAUUGACAUCUAGGGCAGUGUUAGGCAACCUUCGGCACUCCAGAUGUGGACUACAUCUCCCUUGAGGCUUUGCUAUCAUUAUAUGGCUGUAAGAGCACUAUGGAAGUCCUCAACAUCUGGAGUGCUGAAGCUGGCUUAUACUCAACAUAGGACACUAAAUUUUGUGUCAGUACAUCUGCUGUAAGUAAAUGUAUUGUGGCUCUGAGUAAUUGGUUGCUGAGGUCCUCAGCAUAUUCUCUGAAGUCAAGCUUUGACUAUCUGACACAGGAAGCAACAUCUGAUGGUCUUCAGGACCAAUGUGAAGAGUAAGUGGCAGGAACAGUUCUGAUGGCUUCAGAUCCAUGCUGUCUUCCACUGGGCUUUUCUUUGUGAGAUCCUCACUAUUAAAUGUGCUAUCCAAAGCGUCGGUUUCCACUGUUUCUUCACUUUCUACAAUAAAAUUGGUAAAUUCUGUUAAACAUAACGUUUCAUCACCACCAAUCUUUUAAUAAAACAUCACAACAUCUCCAUCAAACUGAAGGAGCAUUACUGCUUCAUUCUUUGUGUAGUUAAAUGGUUUCUCUAUAAGUCCUGGAUUCCCCUACUAAUAAAAAGCAUAAGUAUAUUGUGAUUUAUUGUAAUGUUGUUGUGUUGUGGGUCCAGACGCUAUUAUACUUCGCUCCUGGCCUUGCGAUUAUAAUCUGCCUCAUCCCGGCUGUCACCAACUCCAAAGACGCCCAACAGUGGCAUAAACUUGCAGGGGAGCAUCCAUGGAGCACACAGAUGCCCUUUGUGUUCUGAAAGACUGCCAAAUCAGGACACGCAACCCGCCGGAGUUCCAGGCUGAAAAGCCUGAAGGCCACCGCGGAAUACGCCAAACUUCGAGAAUCCUGUAUACAUAUUCUCCCCUGGACUCACCUCCACCAGCAAGAAACACAGAACCUCCAGAAAUGGGCCGAACAAAACCAACGACCCCUGCAGGGGCAUCUCAUGAGGCAAGAGACAUAGGCACACCGCUAAAAUAGACACCUAGGGCUAAAACUACAGACCAAGCCGACAUGGAGGCCUCCACAGACCUGUCUGAGGAUGUGGCAAUGCCAACUAGGCCCCGACUACCCGGGCCCACUGACAUACAAAACACGAAUUUAGCCACUAAAGACGACAUUGCCAACCUGCAUGGGAAACUCAGGAAACCCUUCGAUAUUAAUAUGGCCCUGAUGAAAACAGAGGUACAAACAGUUACGGCCCGAGUACAGGCUACGGAAAAAGAUGUCAUGGAGCUCAAAAGGGGGCAAAUUACAGACCCUGCAAUGCUCACGCGCCACCACUUCCCUCCAAGUUGACACUAUAGAAGAUAAAAGUCGGAGGAAGAACGUGAA